UUUUACUUUUGGCGCGUUGGUACGCACGCGUGGUUGGUCUAUAUAUCUGCGCACAAUGGUCGUAAAAAAAGAAGUUAAGGAGAAAACAAAUAACCCGAUGCGAGAAAUAAAAAUCCAGAAGCUAUGCCUUGAUAUCUGCGUUGGGGAAAGCGGUGACAGACUAACUCGAGCUGCCAAAGUUUUAGAGCAAUUGACUGGUCAGCAACCCGUUUUCAGUAAAGCACAUAAGACUAUUAGGAGUUUUUCGAUCAGACGUAAUGAAAAAAUUGCUGUCCAUUGUACUGUGCGGGGUCCAAAAGCAGAGGAAAUUUUGGAAAAGGGUCUAAAGGUGAAGGAAUACGAGCUUCCUAAAUCAUGCUUCAGUAAAACCGGAAACUUCGGCUUUGGAUUGACCGAACAUAUUGAUCUUGGAUUAAAAUACGAUCCCGCUAUUGGGAUUUAUGGAAUGAACUUCUACGUCAUUUUGGGCAGACCUGGGAUGCGCGUUAGAUAUCGACGUCGUUGUCAAAGCCGGGUUGGCAACAGUCAUCAUGUCCAGAAGGAAGAAGCUAUGAAAUGGUUCCAAACAAAGUUUGAUGGUAUUUUGUUAAACAAAUAAUUUAAAGAGGAAAUUCUGGCAUUUGUUAUCUGGUUCUUAUUUGUCGUGGCAAUUCUUAAAAUUAGCUUGUAAUUUGGG